UCGAGAACCACAGCCUGCUGGCCUUGCAAUUCAGAAGCUUGUUCAGCAGUCUGAUCGAGCAGAUCAAUGCGGAUGGCGUUCCUUGCAAUCUGCAAGCUUCACUGCGGGAAUUGAGAGUUUUCUACCGAUUGCUGGCACUCCGGGAAGUUGUGCCUCUCAAGAAGCAUGCCGUCCUCUUAUUGCAGCAGGGCGCUGACAAGCAGUGGCACCCAGCUCCCAGACCUGGUGGCCCGUCUGCGGUCGCCCCGGGGCGACAAAGUGAACAGACAACCUUUUAGAGUCUGCAUUGCUGGCAAUUCGCCUACAUAUACUCCAAGAGGGGAUGCUUUUGAGCUGUUGCUUUGUCCAAGACAAUUGCCUGGGCCAAUGCUGCGCAGCUGCCCCCAGCGUCUCCACUCUCAGCGCCGCGCCAUACAUGCAAGAAGCACGAGCCUGGAUCGUGCACCUGCGCAGGGUCAGAAAGCGGCGCAGUCCGUUGAGAAGGAGAGCAUAAUAGAGGGCCACACGUGGGAGUGGCGCCACCGGUGGCAUGUCUACUACGAAACAGCGGGCACGCAAGGGCCACCGCUGGUGUUUCUUCCCGGGUUCGGGGUGGGCUGCUUCCACUUCCGGGACCAGCUGCGCGACCUCGGCAGCGACCACCGCGUGUGGGUCAUGGACCUGCUGGGGCAGGGCAACUCGUGGCCGUCGCAUGACCCUGCCCCCCAUGCGGACGGGGACUUCAAGUACUGGGGGUUUGGGCCAGCGGCAGAGGAGUGGGCCGGGGAUCUUAUUUACAGCGUGGAUACAUGGACCAGCCAGAUUGAGGCGUUUCUGGCGACCGUAGUGAAGGAGCCGGUAUACCUCCUGGGGAACUCUCUGGGGGGCUAUCUGGCCGUCUCACUUGCUGCGCGCCGGCCCGACCUCGUCAAGGGCGUGUGCCUGGUCAACGCCACCCCGUUCUGGGCGUUCAUCCCCAGCCCCAAGUCCAAGAACUGGUUCUCCAGACAGAUUGGCCGUGUCAUCUGGGCGGGCGCCGUCCCUGUGCCGAGAUGGGCGCGCUGGGCCAGCAGCCGCUGGUGGGACGCGCUGCGCAACCCCGGGACGAUCCGCGCGCUGCUGGCCCAGGUGUACUGCAACCGCGAGCGCCUCUCCGACGAGCUAGUGGCGCAGAUUGUGGAGCCGACGUCGCACCCCGCGGCCGCAUCCGCGUUUGCGUCCAUCAUCUUCGCCCCAAAGCCCGAGAACAGCUUCAAUGAGGGCCUGCACAAGCUGCGGGCACACGGCGUCCCGCUCUGCCUCAUGUACGGUCGUGAAGACCCGUGGGUCCGGCCGGUUUGGGGGCAGCAGGCGAAGCGGAUAGUGCCAAACGCUCCUUACUUUGAGAUCAGCCCCGCUGGACACUGUCCUCAUCACGAAGCCUAUGAAGUGUUCAACAUCCUAGUUCGGAAGUGGAUUGCGCAUCAUGAGACAGAUGGAGAAGAACCCUUGCCCGAGCGACUAGACGCUGUCGAGAUUGGAUUGGCUAAUGAGUUGGUGUGCGCGGAGCUUGUCAGCGGCGAGCCGAGGAACGCCUUCGAGAGAAUUGCAAGCGGCGUUCUGGGGGGACGGCCGAGAGAGUCGGGUUAGAUAAGCACCCAGUGCAUGUUGGAGUGUUAUUCGUCGAGUCGAAGCAGGUUGCGGUGAUAUGCAUAAGCAGGCUAGACAAAUGCGAACGUUGCGAGUUGCUUCAGCAUGUGUUGCGAAGUGACCACAUCAAAGUAGACAGUGUAGCUGUACAUAAGAGCAUGCCUUUGAAAUUUGGACGGCUUCAAGUCAAUUAGCACACACCAGAGUCAAGCAGACUCAUGUGUAUUGCAGAUAGCCUGGCAGCUGAUGCAAUCAGAGUUCGUCUAUAGGCAUGUGGAUCAGAAAUAAAGUUUAUGCAUCUCGCGGAUCCAUGCUCAGUAAAUCAUGACGUG